AAAAGGUUCAUUCCAUCUUCUACCUACCUCUCACAGUUACUACAACCUACUUUCAAGCUUAUCCAGCUUCAAAAAUCUAGCCAAAAUGUCUACUACCGAGCAGACCUACAUCAUGAUCAAGCCUGACGGCGUCCAGCGAGGACUCGUCGGAGAGAUCAUUGCCCGAUUUGAGAAGCGAGGCUUCAAGCUCGUCGCCUUGAAGUUGGCUACUCCCUCGAAGGAGCACCUCGAGGAGCACUACAAGGACCUCUCCUCCAAGCCCUUCUUCCCCCGACUCAUCGAAUACAUGAUGUCCGGCCCCGUCGUUUGCAUGGUCUGGGAAGGCCUUGACGCCGUCAAGACUGGACGUGCCAUGCUCGGAGCUACCAACCCUUUGGCCUCCAACCCUGGAACCAUCCGAGGAGACUACGCUCUCCAGGUCGGAAUGAACGUCUGCCACGGAUCCGACGCCGUCGAGACCGCCAAGGCUGAGAUUGAGCUCUGGUUCGGAAAGGAGGGCAUCAACCAGUACAAGCUCGCUUCCUCCUCGUGGGUCUACGAGGCUUAAGCAGGGAUGCUCUUAGCUACGAUAUGCCAAUGUGAUGCAUACAUCAAGAAUCUGUGGUCGAU